AUGCGUCUUGCUGGACCUUUCGUGCAUAACCAAACGAAGGAAAAUCUCAUUCGCCUUCAUGAUGGUCAAGUUGUUGGUGAAUGGAGAGAUAGCACAUAUGGCCUUGGCGGAGGCCGCAUUCCUUACGAUGUGAAUACAGCGCUUGUGCCAGCAGGUCUCCGAUCUAUCGCAGCCCUGUCUCGCGCGGGUAUACUCCCACGCAGAAAACACUGGGGCUCUCUUGCAGAUAAAUACGCGAAGAUCUGGGAAGAUAAAACACUGGACUUCUUCAGCGUGACCAUUCCCAAGUCGAAGGCCAAGUCUUUGGUCACAUCCUACUCAAAUGACCAUUUUGCAGGACCGAACCAAUCUUCCGCCAUCGAUACAGAUGUUAUGUUCCAUGCUGUUGCUCUGGAAGGAAAUAACAAUCUGUCCAAGGUAGAAGUCAUGAAUACUGAUGAUUGUUUCCGUCAUUUCCUUCUCAACACUACAAACGAUGAACAACUCACUCCCUUCUUGAAUAACUCUGCCACAAAUAUCCGCCGCACUUUCCCAGCUGGUCUGAUGACUGACGUUGGGAUGAUCGUCGCAAACCCUGCGUUUGGAGAGGACCCUGUAUACGCGCAGAACUUUACAACCGGGGCAUAUCACGGCACGGUUGUAUGGUCGUGGCAGCUUGCAAUGAUGGCCAGGGGACUAGAGCUGCAGCUUGGACGAUGCGAGGUCACUUCGAACUUCUCGAUCAGCUCUGAAACUGCGAAGAGGGGCCAUAAUUCGAAAUCAGUGAUGCCUACUCCGGAUUUCUGCACAGAUGAUUCCGUUUUUAAAAAUGUGCAGGCUGCGUAUAACGUUCUGUGGGACUCUAUUGAGAAGAACGAGGACCAACUCUCCGGUGAAGUCUGGUCUUGGGUUUAUCGAAAUGAUUCCUUCAAAGUCACGCCUUUGGGCGUAUUGCCUGCCCCGCCUGGCGUUGGAGGCCAGACUGGUAAGUGA